AUGUUUGGAGAAGCAGGGUCUCGUCCCCUAAAGCGGAGGCGUCCGGAAGAUGCGGAAUUUCAUAUGGCAGAGGAGCCGGUGCUCUUCGUGCCUUCACUGGACCUGCUCGACAAACAUCAAGAAAUGCUGAGGUACAGCGACCGGCAGCUGGAUGCCGUGCUGGGGCCCGGCAGCCCGUUUGCCGAUUUUGAGCCGACAACCCCUGAAGAAGCGCUUAUGGAGAAUACAUUCGAAAACGUCGGCGUGGACUUUGUGGAUUUGGAGCAAGAGGGAUCGAGUGGCUCGAGUAACGAUAGCCCUCCUAGCGGAAAGCCUGGAACUGCUCUGGAUGCUGGCGUGGACGCCUGGAUGGAAAUGGCAAAUGUCGAAAAUGAAAAUGAUGGCAACAAUGGUACUCAGGACCGGAAGAUGGAAAUCGAUGCUGAUAACGACGAUGAUCAAGGACUAUCUUUCGGGAUGGAUUUCCAAGACCAGAUCCCUGGCACAUCAUCGGCGACGACAGUCGAGAUAACCUGGAAUACCCGGGUUCGGGGGGCCAAUGGAGAAUUGUUGACGACCUGGCACUCGACGGAAUGGCAGAGUACGCACUGGGCGGAGCAUGUCGUCGCCAAGAAGCUUCCGCCGGUCCCCGAGCCACAGGUCCUGUACGCUGAAGUGAAAAGGGGGGUGCAGAAACUGUUCUCCAAGGAAAUUGACCCCUAUCACGAGCUGACGGACGACGACUGCGCGCGAAUCAAAAACUCCGGCAAUAAAUCGGCGUUAAAAAAGAUUGACGCCCUUGUAAAGGACUGGGAAACCAGCAACGACCCCGAGGUAUCGACAAAAAUCUGGCUGCGAAUAUUCACCGUUGCCGUCGUCACCUGGAACCGCAGGGUACGCGAUGAAAAUGGGAAUCUACGCAGGGAAUGGAUCUCGAUCGAAUGGCAAUGCGAAGAGUGGAGAGUGUUGAUCGAAGAGUGGACCAAUACCCACGGAGCCGUACCACCAGUCCCCCCACCCACUAUAUUAUAUCAAAAAGCAUCGACCGGGGCGGCGCGUAAAUUCGACAACGAGAUUGAUUUGUACGCAGAGUUGAAAGCUGACCACUGCGCGACGGUUCGGCUUGGAAUGAAAUCACAAGAUCGGUAUUCCGAGCUGCUAGCGGCUUACCAGAACGCCAAAAAGGAUCUAGAUGCAAAAGCCAAGGAAUUUUGGCAGUAUGUUCACAGUCGCGUCGUCAACAAAACCCAAUCUCAAACCACCCGAAAAAAUCAACGCGACGGCCUCGACAACCAUUUUCGAGCCGUCAUCGAAAACCACACUGCUUUGGAGAACUUUCUGAAUAAUUACUCCGGUGCAUUGAACUUGGCUCCCGGCCAGCGGAAACAAUUUGAGAAGGAGAAAAAGGAGCGGCUCGGAAGGACUAAAAUUCUGUAUUUUUACGAAUUCGACCCGGCCGUCAACUCAGCUUCCUCUAAUUCGGGAAGCUUAAACAACUGCUCCGUAGCAAUGGACGUCGAUACCGGAGCCAGUCCAGCAAAGCGCCCUUGCCGCCAAGAAGCCGCUUUCAAUGAAGAUGCGAUAGAGGCACUUGAAGACCUUCCGGAUCAAUACCUUAAAUUCAUCACGUCAAGCGACUCGGCGUUAGAGAAGAUCGUUUUUCCUGAUGACCAAGAGCCGUUUGCGGAGUUCAGCGUUGAAGAAGCGUCAAUGAAUAAACAACUAAUCCCGACCUUCCGUCGUGUCUCGACGAAGAGCAAAAACCCAAUACAUAAUGGAACCCCAGUAUCUACGGUGUCGAGCCUUCAAAACGCAUCGGGAAUCGUUGCACCUCAGGUCGAGGUAGGAGACAACGAGAUGACGACGGAGAACGCAGGAGAACCAGAUAACGCUUUUCAACGAGAUGUUCCGGCGCAACCCGUCGCCAUUCGGUCACGUUUCCCAGGCGAAGAAAAUCCACGGGUCCGUGACGAAAACGGCAUGUUGCGGUGCUCGUGGACAUCCACAACAUGGAGAAAUCAUCAAUGGGCCGAGUACGCCAGAAAGCUGCCUCCCGCCCCUAACCCGAACAUCCUCUUCGAUAAACCGAGUCAACGCAUGUUUUUCUUCAGCGAACUCGACCCGCACUACGAAUUGGGCGAUGUACAUUACGCGCGCAUCUCCAAAGCCGAUAAGAAGAACCAGAAAAAGCUCACCGGACUCGUCGAGAAGUGGAGCACCACUCAAACUGACCAAAACGCUAAAGAAGCCUGGCUUUUCAUAUUUUCACUUGCUGAGGCGAGAUGGAACCUGAGAGUGCGCGACGAAAAAGGCAACCUGCGCAGACAGUGGCUGUCAACGGAAUGGAGAAGCAACGAAUGCGCUGAACUCUUCGCUAAAUGGAGGAAAAGGUAUAAUUCCUUGCCGCCACUCCUCAACCCUGACCAAUUCUUCGAAAAGGCCGGCUCCGGAGCAGCGCGCAGAUUUGGAAACGAAUUCGACUUCUACGCGGAGAUGACUGAUGCGCAUGCUCAGACGUUACGCCUCGGAACGCAGCGCACAAAAGAGUACGACCGCCUACUCCGUGCCUACAGCAAUGCGGUCGCAGCGCUGAAGCGCGUUGGAGGGGAAGCGGAACCGAUUGAACGCGGUGCGCAGAAAGAAGCCAUAGCUUUCUGGCAAUUCAUCCAUACCCGCCUCGUCAACAAUGCUCAAAGCGACAAUUCGAGGAAAACCAAGGCCGACCAGUUCCUUGAAAUCUGCAAGGGCGUCGUCGAGAUAAACGAAAAAGUGAAGAACCUCCGCAAGCCCAUUCCAACGUCACCAAAAUCCAUGCAGGAAUUUGAUAUAGCCAAAGCUGAUUUGUUUACCAUGACGCAGAAGAUCUCCGCCUUGGCCAACAAAAAAUUGCAGUUGACGAACGCUGAGGAUGUGAAAUCGGAGGAU